CCACGGGAGAGGCACCAACCCAGCCCGGAAAGCCUGACCUCCAACCGCCUACCUGAAGCCGGCCAGACGCAGGAAAUCGCCGGGCCGUGAGAUCACCGCCAGCUCUUCCGGGCGAGGGGAGAGGCGCAGGUGUGGCUGAUCAGCUCCGUCGGGAGGCAGCGCAGAAGUCCGGGCGCGAUGCGGGGCAAGGACGACGAGUACGACUACCUGUUCAAGAUCGUCCUCAUUGGGGACUCGGGCGUUGGGAAGAGCAACCUGCUUUCGCGCUUCACCCGGAAUGAGUUCAACCUGGAGAGCAAGAGCACCAUCGGGGUGGAGUUUGCCACCCGCAGCAUCCAGGUGGACAACAAGACUGUGAAGGCCCAGAUCUGGGACACGGCUGGGCAGGAGCGCUACCGGGCCAUCACUUCCGCCUACUACCGAGGGGCGGUCGGUGCCCUCCUUGUUUAUGAUAUUGCCAAGUACCUGACUUAUGAAAACGCAGAGCGCUGGCUGAAGGAGCUGCAGGACCACGCAGACGCCAACAUCGUCAUCAUGCUUGUGGGCAACAAGAGCGACCUAAGGCACCUACGGGCCGUGCCCACUGAUGAGGCCAAGAGCUUUGCAGAAAAAAAUGGCUUGUCUUUCAUUGAGACGUCAGCUCUGGAUUCCACCAACGUGGAGACAGCCUUUCACAACAUCCUGGCAGAAAUCUACCGGAUUGUAUCCCAGCGACAACUUGCAGGAGGGCAGCCUGAGACAGAGUUCAGCCAUGGGACCACCAUCGAGCCCAUCAAAGUCUUGCCCACCCAACAGGAAGCGAGACAGACCCCUUGUUGCCAGAACAUCUAACCUGUGGUGGGAAACAGUCACAAAGUGAGGAGGCCGCCCAAAAACCACCAGGUCUUUCCCUGGUGAAGGAGAGGGGCCAGCUCCACCAGGUGCCUGGCAUACUUGCUCUGCAUCCUGCACACCCAUUUCUCCACACUGUUUGAAGCUUCCCCCUUGGUUGCAGCUGAGGCCCCUGGAGGCUGCCCUUAGAGACUGCUCUUCAGCCUCCUAGGAAGCUGCUGACAGAUUUGGGGAGGGGGGAAGCAUGAAGGAGGCUGCUGAACAGCCCCUUGAGGUUCUUGUGGCGUUUCCCAACCCUUUGCCCCUCUGGUUGAUAGGCAGCAGCUCCCCUGGUCUUGAGACAACUUGAGGGAGAGCCAUGGACAUGUUGGUCCUUGAGGGUCCACCCUCCUGGGUGGUCACCAGCAGAUCAAAAGGUCUCCAGUCUUAUGGCUUCUGCCAAGGCUAUUUUUAAGGACGGGUUGAAACUUUAAAACAGGUCACUUUCCCCACACGACCCCAAGUUCUUUGGAUGAUUUUAAAAGUCCCUGAGGCUGCCAGGGAGCCUCGUGACUGAUUCCCAGGGCAAACCUUGCAGGUGGUUUUAGCUACCAGCACCCACCAAGGAAGAGCCUGGCCUGCACGUCUGCCUCAGCUGGACACUCCCCUGAGUCUCUAAGGAGUGGGAUUUCCUUGGUGAUUGUGUGUGUGCCUGUCGUAAAAAUGCAGCUUGCUGGUCCAGCUUGACUUCUAUUUAAGGUUGAGGAAGACCCUCUUGGCCGUAGGACUCUCCCAGAUCAUCAGGUCCUCGUUGCUAGGUGCUGACGUGGACUUGAGUUUCACUAUCUGACAUCCCCAACAAUCUACCUCUCCUCCCUCUUUUCCCUUCUGCUAGAAUUGGGUUGUUCUUAUCUUUGUGUCUUACAAAUAUUCUCUGAGGCGGUUCUGGAAAGGGAACGUAACUUUUCUGGAAUUCUUUCACAAUUUGUGCCUGGACAAACAGAUUCUUGUAGGGUCCAGCAGAGACCCCAUUUCGAUGGCUGCCUUUUGAAAAUCUACAAAUGGGGGGCGGGGGAUGAACCUCAGAGGAUAUUAAAGGAUGUUCUCCAAAGCCUUCCCACCAGAGUUUUAUUGUGGUUUUGCUCCAGUUGUGUAAAUAAUAAAACAUGGAAAUUUUAAUGUG